UCCUCCUCAGCUGGAUGCACGUCACUUCUCCCCUGUCAGCCUGCUGUAAGUACAGGCUCCUCGGAUAAUUUCCCAUCCUUCACAUCUGUCCUUUCACUAGUGAGAGAUGGAGCUGCCUUUACCGCACAGCAGCCCCUGUCAGUGCCUCACUAUUCUCCUCAGAGCUGUUUCUGUCAGGGCUUCCCGCCUCAGGAUAAAUAGGAUCUAAUUGUCUCCUGUGAGAUGGCUGCAUCCUCAUUAAAAAGGACUCGGGGAGCGAUGAGCAGAACACCUGGAGAUAUUCUGUGCGAGGCUCUGGAAGAUCUGACACAGUAUAACUUCAACAGGUUUAAGUCCAGGUUGUCUGAAUUCUCCAGAGGAGGACGAGGCCCCAUCCCACGUGGGCGUACAGAAAACGCCGAUUACAUUGACACAAAAGACCUCCUCAUAAACGUAUAUGGAGAGGAGAUGGCUGUUGUUGUGGCCAUAGAGGUCUUACAACUGAUCAAUCUUACGGGACGUGCUGAGGAUCUACGUCAGAAAGUGACACAAAGUGUAACAUUACAGGAAAUGUCUUCAGAUGCAGAACUUGAAGACUGCAGACUCAAGUACCUGAAUGACAUGAAAGAGAGAUACUGUCGUAUGGAAGAGGGAAACGCGAGGUUGGGGGAAUCUGUCAGUCUGGAGAACAGAUUCAUCAGUCUGUUACUGAUAGAGAAGUAUCGGGGUGAGGCAGAGAGACAACAUGAGAUAAUAGCUUCAGGCCAGCGGCAUCUAAAUAUUAUGGCAAACAGAUCAUCAGAUGAGUAUUCCCCAACCACUAUACAGGCUCUGUUUGAUCCUAAUAAAGAUGGAAUUAUUCCCAAGACUGUGGUGUUACUGGGACCUGCCGGGAUAGGAAAGACUAUGACAUCUCAGAAGAUCAUGCUGGACUGGGCCUCCGGGAAUCUGUAUAAGGACAAGUUUCAGUUUGUGUUUUACAUACGCUGCAGAGAAAUCAACACCAUCACUGGUAACAUUAGUCUCGCUGGUUGUUUAUCCAAAUUUUGUGGACUGUUAGGUUCAUUGGAUUCUUUGUUGCCGUCAAUCUUCCAGAACCCUGAAAGAAUACUUUUCAUUUUUGAUGGUUUUGAUGAACUAAAAUUGUCAUCAAUAAAUGAUACUGAGGUUUGUGAUCCAUUUCAGGAAGUCUCCAAAGAAAUCCUUCUCUACAGUUUGCUUAGGAAAACACUGCUCAGUGGGAGCUCACUAAUCAUCACCACAAGACCCCUGUCAUUGAUGAAGCUGAAGCGCCUUGUUAUAGAUCCCCGAUGUGUGGAGAUUCUGGGGUUUACAGGGAAAGACCGUGAACAAUAUUUCAAUAAUUUCUUUGCAUCCAUAGAACAAGCAGCCCUGGUUCUUAGUACAGUUAAGGACAAUGUUACCUUGUUCACCAUGUGUGUUGUCCCUAUAAUUUGCUGGAUUAUAUGUACUGUAAUGAGACAGCUACUAACAGAGGGAUUGUCUGUAAUUGAUUGCAAGACAUCCACAUCCAUUUACCUGUUGUACCUAAAGAGUUUAAUAAAGCAUCACGGAAGGGACUCUACCCAGUCUAUAAGCACAUGUAUACAGAAGCUGUGUGCUUUGGCCAAUGAAGGAGUUUUGGACCAGAGAAUUCUAUUUGAAGAAUCAGAUCUUGAAAGACAUGGACUCUCUAUGUCAGAGCUGGAGUCUGUGUUUCUGAAUGAGAACAUCUUCCAAAGGGACAUUGGGAUCCACACCUGCUACAGCUUCAUCCAUAUGAGUGUGCAGGAGUUCUUUGCUGCUCUCUACUAUGUCCUGGGUGAGAAUGCUGUGAGCGAAAAUGUCAACUUACAAAGCAGAAAUGUGAAAGACUUACUGAAGGCAUCAGAACAUCAGCGGCAUCUAACUUUAACUGUACGAUUCUUAUUUGGCCUUUCAAGUGAGACACAAAUUCAGGCGACUCAAGGAACCAUUGGAUGUACCAUUUCCUUCAGAGAAAAAAACAUUUUGGAGGAUUGGCUGAAGACCAAUAAAUCACACUACCAUAACACAAUACUUUCCUGCCUGUACGAGACACAGGAUGAGGACUAUGUGGAGAGAAUGAUGGCUCACUUUCCUGAUUUGAAAUGUACAGGCUAUUUCCAUGAUCACCAGGAGAUCCGUGAUUUACGAGCUGUAGCCUACUGCUUGGAGAGAAGUACAACAAAGCAGAAGGUCUGCUUUGACAGCUACAGAAUAGGACCAAAGGAUCAGAAAGUUCUAUCAAAAGCACUCUCAAAGUGUUCCACACUUAGUAUCUCUGCAAGCAAGUUUCAGAAUAAUGAGGAAAAUGAUGGUCAUUCUGGAGACAGUAUAUCCGAGAUGUUUACACACUGUCAGAAACUAGAGGAUCUAGAGUUACAGGAUUGUGAUCUGACCUCCUCCUGCUGUGAUGAUCUCUGCUCUGUUAUUACUACACACCGCUCUCUGACCAGACUGGACCUGUCAUUGACUGCUCUGCUGGACUCUGGAAUAAAAGUUCUGUGUAAGGGACUGAGGCAUCCAGCCUGUACCCUAAAGGAUCUUCGGUUAAAUUACUGUGGUCUGACCUCCUCCUGCUGUGAUGAUCUCCACUUUGUUCUUACUACAAACCGCUCUCUGACCAGACUGGACCUGACACACAAUGUUCUGGAGGACUCUGGAAUAAAACUUCUGUGUGGGGGAUUGAGACAUCCAGCCUGUGCCAUACAGGAUCUUACGUUACAGUGGUGUCACCUGACCUCCUCCUGCUGUGACGAUCUCCGCUCUGUUAUUACUACAAACCACUCACUGACCAGACUGGACCUGUCAGGGAAUCAUCUCCUGAAGGACUCUGGAAUAAAACGUCUGUGUGUGGGACUGAGAGACCUGGCCUGUACUCUACAGGAUCUUAGGUUAUCAUGCUGUGGUCUGACCUCCUCCUGCUGUGAUGAUCUCCACUCUGUUAUUACUAGAAACCACUCUCUGACCAGACUGGACCUGUCAGUGAAUGCUCUGCAGGACUCUGGAAUAAGACUUCUGUGUAAGGGACUGAGACAUCCAGCCUGUACACUGCAGGAUCUUAGGUUAUAUUACUGUGGACUGACCUCCUCCUGCUGUGAUGAUCUCCGCUCAGUUAUUACUACACACUGUUCUCUGACCAGACUGGACCUGUCAAACAAUGCUUUGCAGGACUCUGGAAUAAGACUUCUGUGUGCGGGACUGAGGCAUCCAGACUGUACCCUGCAGGAUCUUAGGUUACAGGAAUGUGGUCUGACCUCCUCCUGCUGUGCUGAUCUCCGCUCUGUUCUUACUACAAACCGCUCUCUGACCAGACUGGAGCUGAAAGACAAUGUUCUGGGGGACUCUGGAAUAAAACUCCUGUGUAAGGGACUGAGACACCCAGCCUGUACCCUGCAGGAUCUUAUGUUACCGGACUGUGGUCUGACCUCCUCCUGCUGUGAUGAUCUCCGCUCUGUUCUUACUACAAACAGCUCUCUGACUAGACUGUACCUGGCACGGAAUGCUCUGGAGGACUCUGGAAUAAAACUUCUGUGUGGGGGACUGAGACACCCAGCCUGUGCCCUACAGGAUCUUAAUUUAUUUGGCUGUGGUCUGACCUCCUCCUGCUGUGAUGACCUCCGCUCUGUUCUUACUACAAACCGCUCUCUGACCAAACUGGACCUGACAGGGAACAAGCUUGAGGACUGUGCAGUAAAACUUUGGGAGUGUGUGAGGCCUCCCCUGCAGCUUCGUGUAGAUACCACAACAUGUUUGGAGCACUCCAAUCCUCCUUUGACCAUAUGAUUUUGGAAGAAAGAAUUUCUGAAUGUGAACCAUUCCAAGUAUCCAAGAAGAAUGAUUUUGAGAUAUAAAUGUGAAAUAUGUACAGAAUUGUACCAUUUUUAUUAUCUGUAAUACCAUAUUUUCAUCAUGUUUUUAAAAUCAUUUGUUAACAUUUAUGGUGAUUCUUUAUUAUUCAAUCAUGUACAUAAUUUUAUGACAUCAUAAAUUGUUGAGAAGUUUUUUUAUCCACUUUGGCGCUGAACCAAUAUGCUUUGGAACUAGAAAGAUGGCCGAAAAGGAACUUCCGGUCUGAUCACAUGACCGGCCGUACUCCGCCAAAUUAAUCCACCCCUUUUUUUUAAUCUAAUGGUGGUACCCUAUCGGGAGAGCAUGUUUUUUAGUGUUUAUUUGUAGAUUUUAUACAUUAGUAUUGGAGGAACACCUAGGACCGAGCUGGUCCGUUUGGGAUUUUUAAAAAUGGCGGCGACGGCACUUCCGGUCACGUCACGUGACCGGAGUUUCUCCGCUAGCGGGAACCAGCAGUUUGAACGGUCAGGUGACUGGAGAUCACACUGGGACCCUUCUCGCCGCAAACUACAAGGCGGAACCUUUCUUUUAGAGAGUUUAUGGAAAAGAACGGAGAAGCACAUAGCACUUCCGGUCAUGAAAUUUAAAUGUUUUAUGGUUUUUUCAUUAAAAAUAUGCAUUUUAAAUUGCGGUUUUUGCUGGAAUGGGCACACCAUAUAAUGUAGAAUAGAAUGUCUAUGUUAGAUUAGGAAAUAGGAUGACCAUAACAUGUAUAUGUACACAUUGAAUUGUAAAUGGGAGUGGCUCCUCCCAGUAUUUGGGAGUAUCAAUCUAUAAGGGUAUAAAUAGCUGGGAAGAGGAGCCAGAGGGACAUGCCUUGAAAAAGAUCCACGGAUCGAAACGCGUUGGCUGACUUGUGACAUUUUGGUGGCUGAUUACCCGGACGAGGAGAGGACGAGGUGCCCAUUGCUUGGAGCUGACCGUUCCCGGGGACGUUGGAAACAUCAACACAGCGACAAAUUUUGGUGCACUUAUGAAACCCCAAAUCUGGUAGGAAGCCACUGUCAAAGUCAGAAAAAUGUCUCAAUGCACGUUGCCAUAUUUGCACCGCACACUGGUCCGCGCUGCGCGUGCGUACGCUCUCCCGUGGAGGCGCAUACCCGCAAU